CUCCGACCCAGCUGCCUCCGAGCGAUACCGCCGCGGCGUGGUGCGGGAGUCCGUCCGCUGCGGGGCUUUCGGCGCAGUAGCGCUCCCGGCUCCCUGUGGUUGCGGCCUCAGUCACACCGUGCGGGGGGCGACUCUAGGACCACAGACGCGCCCGCGUACCCCGAGCCGCGUGCGCGUUGGAGCUCCGGGCUCCGCUUGGACCCGCCAGCACGCUCGCCACAGACCACCCCACCCUCUGAAGACCACCACCCCAAGCUGGGGAGCGCCCCGGGGAGGGUCACGUGCAGGAAGCGGAAGACCCCGGCCGCUCGCGGUUGCGCUCAGUGCGGCCGCCCGGUUCCCCGCCGCGGAGGACCAGGCGUCGGGGUCCCUCCCACCCGCGCCCGGCCUGGCCCGCGGCAAUGGCCGGGCCUGGGGACCCGCGGCGCCUCUGCAGGCUGGUGCAGGAGGGGCGGCUGCGCGCCCUGUAGGGGGAGCUGCGGACGGACGGAGGCUGCCUGGGGCCGGCCGGGGACACCCUCCUGCACUGCGCUGCCCGCCACGGGCUCCUGGACGUACUGGCCCAUCUGGUCGAGGCCUGGGGCUUGGACAUCGAGGCCGCCAACCGAGACUACAAGCGGCCUCUGCAUGAGGCUGCCUCCAUGGGCCAAAGGGACUGCGUGCGCUACCUGCUGGGCCGAGGCGCGGCGGUCGACUGCCUGAAGAAGGCCGACUGGACUCCCCUGAUGAUGGCUUGCACAAGGAAGAACGUUGAGGUGAUACAGGACCUUGUGGAACAUGGCGCCAACCCCCUGCUGAAGAACAAAGACGGCUGGAACAUUUUCCACAUUGCCAGUCGAGAAGGCGACCCUCUGAUCCUCCAGUACUUGCUCACUGUUUGCCCAGAUGCCUGGAAGACAGAGAGCAAGAUUAGAAGAACUCCUCUGCACAUGGCAGAUGCCACUAUGAACGAGACUGCAGAGACAACUGUGGCAUCACCCCAUUUAUGGACGCAAUUCAGUGUGGUCAUGUCGACGUGGCCAGGCUGCUCCUCGAAAAACAUGAGGUAUAAAAAUGGGUGUUUUAUUCCUUUGCUUCUUCCUACAAAUGUUAGAUCACAGGGUAAACAGAGCUUAUCGUCCUUCAGAUUCUUGGUUCAAAUCAUAGCUCUGCCAAGUUCUGCAAGGGACCCCUUGACCUCUUUAAGCAUCAGCGUUCCCAGCUGUAAAAUGGACACAAAUUUAAUUUCUUUAGAAGGUUCCUAGAAGGAUUAAAUAAUAUAAUGUACAUAAAGCAGUUAGCGAAGUAAGCAUUCAGUAAGUAGUUGCCUUUGGUAAUCAUAACAACCAGCUGUCUCUGCUGACUGUGCUUUUGUUACUAUAGUCUGGAGCAUUGAAUCUUAACCAUUUUUUUUGGUUAGAGAGUCCUUUGAGAAUCAGAAGCUAUGUAUCCUCUGCCCAGAGAAACGUACCAGGCAACUGAGUUUUGCCAGAAUGUCAGCAGGUGUGUGGACCUGAGUUUCUCUGCCAUUCAUCUUCUUUGCCCUUCUCUAUUACAAAUAUAACAGGCACCCUGGCUCAGCAGCUCGCCAAGAGGGCAGAGGUCCUUUAGGGCUUUGACUGCAGCGAGAUGGCUUAAGGAUGUUUCCAAAAGGAGGCAAUAAACUGCAUGGUAAUUUAUAUCCUUCUUUCUAAAUUGUUAACAGAUUGAGUGAGAUGAGCUGGGAGCCGGUAUUUUCCAUCUCUUCUUCCUCCCUUCCCUCCUGUACACUCCCCUCCCACUGAGGAUUUCUCAGUGAUCUGGAAGUUCCUGGCUCCAUGAGUGGCACAUUGUAGAAUCCUGAGCACAAUCAUCCAUCCAUCCAUAGUCCAUAUUUCACCUUUUUCUACCCUUAAAGUGGAAUUAGAUGAUUAUGGAGUCAGUCUCUGGAAUCCUUAGAGGAGCAUGUAACAUUCAUGAAUAUGAUAUAGUAUACAUACUUUUAUAAGUAUAGGAAAUGCCUUAUAAUAAAUAUUGUGUGGUAUAGCAAUGAUAAUAUUAAAAAUGUAACACAAAAUGCUAUUAUGUUGAGCCAUAAAAUAUAAGUAGCCUAUUUAAUGUCUUCCUUCAUAGGCUUUUACUUGGCCAUUAUGAUGGUCCAACUUUUGGUUUCAUAGCCGGGAGGGAAAUGCUUGUAAUCUGUUUACACAGACAUUUGCAAUGAAAACUUUUCUAUGUUCUGAGUACUGUUAGUUAAGCUAUAGAGUUUAAUCAUGAGAUGUUUGUUUUUUUAAUAGACAAAUUCUGUAUUGGCUCCCUACAGGUAAUAAAUACACCUCAAAAAGACAA